GUUUUAGUGAUCAGUACUACAGUGGAUGUCUCAGCAAAGUUGCUACCCUUGUGUUUUUGCAACCAAGGCUUUGUAAUUAUUCGAGAUUGAAUACACGCACAGACACACACACACACACACACACACACACACAAACUGCAUUGCUAACAGUAUGUCAUCCAGGGAUUAGUGCAUUUAAUCUUAUUUUUUUUUUAUCUCAAUUAAAUUGCUUUGUUUGUAAUAUAUUGAAAUAAAAUUGAAUUCUGAAUUAGGUAGAAAGUGACUUUUAAGUAGAAAUAGAUUUGAAAAGUCAAUAUUUUUGAUUGAAAUUGCGAAAAUGCACAAACAACUGAGCAUAUCAGCAGUUUCAGUGUAAUGUUGCUACUGUUUACCAACACUAAAUGUCCUGGGCCAUUGCAGUAGUGGAAUGUAUGGGCUUACUUGUGUAAUUGUAAUGCAUAUAAGUUAAUAAAUGCCCACAUAGAAUCCAUAAGGAUCAUUAAAAUCCCAGUGAUAUCUAUGACAAUAUGAAUCUCCAACAAACAAUAAUAUAGGAUCAAUUGUAAAUAUUCAAUGUAUUGAAUUGCCAGACUAGAAAUUGAGUUGGAGUGAUGUAAUGGUCUUUAAAUAAUUCAUAUAUGGAGGAAAAGUAAAAGAGGCUGAGCUGUGGAGGAGAAGAAAAUCAAUGAGGAUGAGAGAGCAUAAAUGAGAAAGACAGAGGUAUAGAGAGAGAGAGAGGGAGAAAGAGGAGUGGAGAGAAUCAGAAGAGACAGGCGUUUAGGCAGAUGGAUGGGAACCCCACCCAGGCCUGCUUCCUCUCUGUCUGCUCAGUCCAGUGAUAAGCAGCUGAGGAGGAAGUCGACCACUCUUUCAUCAGGACAUGUGAGGGUAGAAGAUCGGUUGUAUUUGCUGACGAGGAAUUGUGAAGCUCCAGUCUCAGUGUGUGAUGAAGAUGCUGUAGGUGGCCUUUGUAACAGUGAAGCCACAAACAUCUGAUGACCUCACAGCCUCCUGACGAGCCAAAAGAACGCAAAUAAUAAAGUGGAGGGUUGAUUUUGACUUCACAUCUCACAGACUUUGUCUCCAGCCCCUGAACAUUUCAGUCGGAGCUGAGGGAUUACUUGCCCAGAGUGUGUAUCUGGCUAAGUAAUGUAGUUUGCCACCCAAAUUGGCUCGAUUUGGGGAGUAUAAGUUUAGCUCUGGCAUAAAGCUGUAUUAGCUUUCCCCCGAGAGGGAGUUGACGUCCCCUCCAGAGUGAAUGAAGGGCCUGACUUGUUGGAGGAGAACAGGCUUCUGACUUGGCUUCAGACUGCAGGCUGCUCGGAUCUUCCUCACCCCUUCCCAGCUUUCCAACAUACCUAAAACACCUGCAUUUGACCAGCUGACAGCUAGUCAGUUUGUUGGACAUGUGGAUGCUGCUAACGCGGUUUUUGCGCCCAUUUUGGAAAAUCAUCUAGUUGUGAGACUUGUAGCUGAGGGGAAGGCCCAGCCAUGGAGGGUCUUGAGCAGCUUGACAUAGUGAGCGAUAUCAGCCCAGCUCUUGAGGCCACCGAGGACUUUAUCCACUGCAUGGAUGGGAUGCAAGGCCAAGGUCCGAGCCAAGCUCAGACAGGGACCCUCCAGCCUUCCAGGCAGCCCAAGCAGCUGCAGGAGGUCUCCAGCGCCGCACUGGGGAAGUUGAGCUCCAGCGGCGUGUGGAGCCUGCUGGCUGGAGAGCAGCCAGAGGUGGGGCCUCUAGGCCUGGCCUGGGCUGACAACUUCAGCGUGUUGGGACUGGGGAUGGGCCUGAGACAUGGCAAGAGAAGCCGAGCUCGCUCCACCAACGACCUGGCAGCCCAUACCAAGGAGUGCACCAACAACACCGCCAACUCCUCGUCCAACUCUGCUUUCAAGAAGGGACACAGCCGGUCCAGAUCAGACGUCAACUACCGGCCGUCUGCCUACACAGACAACGGACUGCCCACUGUGGACUGCAACACUCUGAAGAACAUGAUCCUCAACCACCAGCAAGAGGCUGAUAAAAGCAGCAGUGGCAGUGUAGUGAAGCAGGGUCAGAUGGAGCAGCGCGAGGGGCCCCGAGGCCGCUGGACACCCUGCCAUGUCGAGCUGACACCCUGUGAGCUCCGGCUGUACACUCUGGACAGCAGUGCCAACCGCCAGCUGGGCACCGCCUACUCCCUGUCACACUGCCAGAGCGUCAUUUUCCCAGCUCCAUGCAGCCAGCCCGGCCAGAUCACUCAACCCGCCGAUCAACGCACACUCCAGGCUUUGUUCUUCAACAGCACACGUCUCCAGCUGAGGGCGGCCAGCCAAUGGGAGGCCAUGGAGUGGAGACGGCUGAUGUGGGAGAAGGUGCAGGCAGCCAGACCUGUGAGGCAGGAGAACCGCCAGCGUAAGAACGCAGCAGAAAACCAACAGGUUGCAAAGUUUCCUGCACCCAUGUCACCUUCCUCGUCGCCAUCUCCAUCUGGGCUCGACACCAGGCCUGAUGGUGACAGCGACACCCCCACCUCGGCGGAGGCAUCGCUCUCUCUCCAGCCGAAUUCUGGCAUCCUGAGCAGACCCACUACCUUGCCUCUGUUUACCCAACGCUGCCAGGACGUCCUCAAAGCUGGUCUGCUCUACCAGCUGAUGGAUCAGAACAACUGGCGGGCCUUCACCUUCGUCCUGACCAGAUCCACUCUCCGGGCCUUCCCCACCGAGGGCCGUGGGUCCGUGUCCCAGCCUGCCCUUCAGUACUCCCUUGCCUCCUGCUUGGCCGUGCAGCAUGACCAGGAGCUGGAGAACGGAGAGACAUGGACAGAUAGAAGGGACUGCUUCCAGGUAGUUUUCCCCAAAGAUGUACUCAGACUUCGGGCAGACGAUCAACUCAAGGCUCACGAAUGGGUGGAGGCCCUGCGGGAUGCUGUCGGGGCGCAGAAGCCUGCCCAAGAAGACGGGGGAGGAUCGGGAGAAGGUGCUCCAGGCCUCCAAGUAGUGCUGUUGAGAUCAAAACCAUCCAGGGAAAGGAGACAGCGGGAGGCCCAGAGAGCAAAGCGGCAGUCAGUCACCACCAGUUUCCUCAGUAUUCUCACCUGUCUGGCUGUGGAAAAGGGGCUCACUGCUCAGAGCUUCAGGUGUGCAGGUUGUCAGCGUCCAGUGGGUCUUUCCAGAGGAAAAGCAAAGGUCUGCUACUACAGCGGCUGGUACUACUGCCACAGCUGCCAUCAGGACAACUCCUUCCUCAUCCCAGCACGCCUGCUGCACAACUGGGACACCAGCAAGCACAAGGUGUCUAAACAGGCCAAGGAGUUCCUGGAGUUUGUGUAUGAGGAGCCCCUUCUGGACGUCCAGCAGCUCAACCCUUGUCUGUACGAGCACUGUGAGCCUCUCAGCACUGUGCUGCGUCUCCGUCAGCAGCUCCAGUCACUGCGGGCCUACCUGUUCAGCUGCCGAGCAACCAUCGCAGAGGACCUCAGACGAAGGAUCUUCCCCAGAGAAUACCUGCUACAGCACAUUCACCUGUACUCCAUGGCUGACCUGCAACAGGUGAUUGAUGGAAAACUGGCUCCCUUCUUGUCCAAAGUGAUCAAAUUCGCCAGCUCCCAUGUUUUCAGCUGCAGUCUGUGUCGAGAGAAAGGCUUCAUCUGUGAGCUCUGCCACAACGGACAGGUCAUCUACCCCUUCCAGGAGAGUGCCACCAAGAGGUGUGACGGCUGCGGCGCCGUGUUCCACACCGAGUGCCGUCAGAAAGCUCAGCCGUGUCCUCGCUGCGUUCGCCGGGAACUCCACCACAAGAAGCCGUCCUCCUUCUGGUCGCCUGAUGACGACAGCCCCGGGUGCUUUCACCUGCCCUACCAAGACACCUGAGAGACACACACACACACACAAACACACACACAUACAGUAACAGUUAGGCGCUGCCAGGCCACGACUCUGGACAAAGUGCCUGUUUUCCUGAUGUGUGUGUGUGUGUGUUUGUGUGGGACUCCAGGACAGAUUUGGUGACAGUUUUGACCUGAGGACGAGCUCAGAGCGUCUGAUCCAUCGUCAGGUUUGUGUUUAUGUGUAUGUGUACUUGCUAACACACACACACACACACACACACACACACACACACACACACACACACACACACACACACACACACACACACACACACACACACACCUGAGCAAAGCCCCCCUUUGUCCUACCGUAAAGAGCAGGGAGAAAACCGACUGAAGGACUGCUGCACCAGGCUUUACAGACUCAACUACGUGUAUUUUGUAGUCCAACAUCCCACGUCAAGAGGGAACCCUCUGCUUCAUCCUCUCACCACAUCACUCCCUUCACUUAUUUCUCAUUCCAGGGGUUGAACGCAUGAAAUCACAGCAGAUAAACCGGAGACAUUUCUACUAAUAUUUGAAACAUUUUGGUUGUAUAUUCUUACCAUCAACUUCCAACGGCAUACUAAAGUUUAGUGUUGAAACAAUUAGUCAGUGUUCCAGGUUCUGUAAUGUGUGUGACUAUAAGUCGAACAAAAAAAAAGGCUAAUUGAAAAUGUCUACUACCCUUGAGAACAUGUAAUGGUGUUUUUUUUUAUCUUUACAGACUGAUUACCAGAGAAUGAAUCUAUGAUGAAAGUAAUCAUUAUUCGUAGCUCUACUCAUGUUAAAGCAGCCAAAACCAUUUCAGGAUUAAAGUCUCACACACUCUAGCCUUGAAAAAGUAGCUGUAAAACGUUUGUAGACUCCCUCCAUACAGAGAGUAGCAGCUGCUGUCAGCUUGGAUUCACGUCAGUUACAAUGAAAUCAAAUAUUAAAGGAUAGGUUCAGUCUGGCUCAUGAAACUCUAAAUCUGCUGUUUGAUUGGCACAUACCCAGAUGAUUUGUCUAAUUCAGACCGCUAAAGCCUCAUUAACUCCAGAUAAACUUCUUUUUGUACAGAACGAGGGCUGUGGAUAUUGUCUUCCAUCACCCGCAUUGAACGGUAUGGACAGGAGGAAGAUUACAGCGAGAAAAAUACACACUUUGGUAGAGGCAUUUGAGUAUUGUUUUAAGACGGACUGUGAACCUAUCCUUUGACCAGUUUUCAACAUCAGUAGAAACUUCUCAGACCCCUCCUGCAGCACAGUCCACUGUUUCACUGUCCAUCUGUAAGCUCACCACGUUCCAAACAAACCAUUAUAUUUGCUGUAAUGCGGCUAAAUACAAUUCAUCGAAAGCCUGUGCAAGGGAUAAAUCCAAGGAUGCAUUACCUGUUCUGGCGUGAGCUCCAGGAGAGUCGCAGGUCGAUUGGUUUAGGUACUGGCGAGGAUGGAAAACAAUCCAGGAAGUCCAGUUUGAGUAUCAGAUUAAUGCGUUUUAGGGCUCAUUUGACACUGCUGAGUGCUUUAUUGUACUCUGAGACAGGAUUUUACAACUCCCUUUAUCUUUCGUCACAGCAGAAACACAAAGUAACGCUUGCACAUUCCCAGAUGACGAUGCAUUGCUCCAAAAGUUGAGUCAGCUUUUUUGCUAGAUGACCGUGAAGUGGAUUACGCUGCAGUUUCAUGAGAUCCUAUGAUUUUGACAUUUUGCUAGUUUUUGCCCAACCAUGACAACAUGUCGCCACUGAAGUCUAUUGUAACUGACUGAACCAGACACUACAAAAAAACAAAUAAAAUGUCAUAAUCAAGUCUUCACGGGGAGUAUUUGAUUAGAUUUGGGGUUCACGUGGGCUGUAACUGGAGCCUUUGGAUUGGGAUGUUUUACCAACUAAUAAUAAAAUAAUUAGAAGUAAUUGCUGUGAUUGAAGGAUAGAAAUCCCUCCAUCCUGUCUCUGUCCCUCCUUUAUCAGGUCUCAUUCUUCUCGAACCGAGUCAUUUCACUUGUAGAUGUGGAAUGAAAGAUGUUUUUUAACUCACCGAUUUCACUCGUUUUCCCAGUGUUCUUUUAAUGUAAAGGACUUUAAUUCAAAAGGGACUCUCUGUCCGUCCGUCUGAGCACACUCUCUUCCCUCCUUCACUCUAACUGUAAAAUAACAGGGGCAAUAAUAUACUGUAACUUAUUCUUUCAUUGUUGCCUUUCCCCUCCUCUCCUCCUCUGUGAUUCUACUUCCUGUUGUGCUUUAUUCAUGCAGAAUCUAUCGAACAUGAUAGCAGCUUUAGCUUUUAGUAUCUCUAUGCAACCUAGAUGGCCUUUCUAACCCACUGCUUUCAUGUGUAAAGGUCUGGAAACCCUUUGGUUUACAUUUUCUGAACACUGCUGCACCGGCUGUGUUUCCAUCCCGUGUUACAGCAAAACUGUAAAGAAAUGUUUGGUAAAUAAAGUCAGGUUUGUUUUUGACCGCUGGUUGUAGCCGAUAAAUCUCCAAAAGUCAAAUCAACACAGAAAAUCAUUUAAGAUUUUAUUGUUGCAACUUUUUGUUUUCAGUUUUUGGCUUUGUUUAAAGUUUUUGCUGGGUGUUGGAAACUAUUGAUGAUGCUAAUCCUACAAAAUUCAUUUUUAUAGUUGGAUACAAUAAGGUUUUUAUUUUUUCUACAAACAAAACUACAAACAGUGUUGCUCCAAUCAGAAAUGACACCUUAUGGGAGAGUAAACAAUUCCUCCAUGGAUCCUAUAAAGCUGCACUCCCUGAUUUAGCUUCUUAUCAGUUGAUGUUUAAGUUUCUAAAUAUCCGACAAGCUUGGAGGAAAAACAAAUCCCGUGCAUCAUAAAGUCACUGACUGCAGCUUUACAAUUCGAUAGAGUAGAAUUUGUAAUGAUGUGGAUGGAAAAUGUAGCUGCUAUUUCUUCUUAUUUCCUUUUCUGACAAACUGAAGUCUGGGCCCAGCUGGACUCAUUUUAUCUUUAUUUCAGUGUUAAUUCUUCACUCAUCUGUCGCCUCUUUAACUUUUUUUUUUCAGCUUGAUUGAGCCAUAAAAACAUGUUAACGUUGAAGGGAAUGAACACGUUGCUGUGAUCAGCAGCUGAUACAAACCCCGGGUAUGGGUUUCUUCGUGAAUAUGUAUUUUUGUAAAAAAUAAAAUCAGAGAUUCAUGUUUAUGAAGCAUGAAGGAUAGUGUAGACUGAAACUAAAUAACCUAGUGUAGUUGAAAGUAAGGCAGGAGAAGUGCACUGAAGUCAGCUGAUUACAUUUCUUUUGUUUUUAUUUUAUUUUGAAAGGUAAAACCUGCAGCCAUGUCAGCUGAUAUUAAUAUGAAAUGUUUAAGUUAUUGUUGACUGAUUGUGCCUGCUGCAUAAAUACUGGAAAGGUCAUGAAGCCUUUGGUUGAAGUAUUUUUGUGUUUGUGAAGUGUUUUUUUGUUUGUUUAAAUCAUGCUGUGCAUUUGUUUACCACAGAGCCCGGCAGGUUUCAGGGAUUUGUUUUUAUUUGUGCUCAUAGAUUAGAGCUCUGCACAGAGAGCUGAACCAGACUGGUGCUGCCAAAUUUGAGACCCAAACCUAACCCACAAUCCGAAGCUAUAGUUCUCUUUACUGUCACCAAGAAAAGCCUCAACCGGCCGAAGCUCGAAGCUCGACGCAGCUAAACAGCUCCAACCUGCAAAGUUGGUGGCAGUACUCUUAAGAUCGCUAAUGCGAGAGUACGAAUUAAUAGAAUGUGUAUUUAAAUAAACUGUUUGUUUGUCAAAUAUGUUUAGGGGAUGUUAAUGUUGUUCAACAAACAUCUGAUUCUGUACAUCUGAAAAUGAAGUGCUUUUGAUAAACAUGCCAAAAGCUUAUCCAGAUUAAGACUGUUGAACCUACGUGUAGUGAUAUUGCUGAAGGUUUCUGGGAGUGGAAUUUGCUCUUUAGAAGACAUAGACCUAAUUAUAUUGGUUUUAGGCCAAUUUCUUAGUCUCAUACAGCGUACCAAAAUGUUUGGGACAAAUAGUUCUUAUUGCUACAGUAUAUAUAUUAUUAUAUAUUAUAUUAAUGCCUAUUUGAGAGCAUUUUAAUUUUUGUGAGCACAAAUUACCUAAAAAAGAAAAACAGACCACUAAAACCUGCAGGGUUCUGUAGUUUGCCUCCGUGUAGCGACAGUAGCCGACUUGUGCAUCUGAUCACUUUAAAACUUGUAUUCAUUUCUUUGCCUGUUGUAUGCGGUGUGUUCUUCUGUUCAUAUUUUUUGCCCUUCUUCUAAUUUCAUUUCCAUCUGGAUUUGGAAGCAUUAAUCUGAACAGGUUUAAGAAUAUGUUGUUAUGUUUUCUCUGGAGUGACAACGCCCAGUCUGACUAAACUUUAACUUCUACAGUGAAAUCUUACGGCCAUAUUAUGAGUGAGAAUGAGCGUCAGUGUGGAUGAUGAGUACAUUGAACUGUGUUUACAGGUUGUCACAUCAGAGCAGGAGUGUGUAUGAGUGGAAUGCUCUUUAUGUUGCAGGCACAUUAGGAUCAUUGCAGUAUGUUUUUACUUGACGUGUUAGAGAAGAAUAUAUUGUACAGUAUUUAAGCAAGGUAACUGCACUGAAAAUCUUCUUGUUUUGCACUUAAGUUAUUUUAUUUAUCUGUUUUCUUUUGUUUUCAUUGCAGCCAAACUCUUAUGCAAGUACAGGAAGUUGAGUUUUUUGAUUUAAUCAGCCCUUCCUCUUGUCUGGUUUUGUUCCAAUUUGUCCGCUAGCCACUGAUGCCAAUAAAGACAAACUUCUUAA